AUGAGAGAACUUUGCAUGAGGAAAGCUCAGGAGGAGAAGUUUCUUUAUGUCGCCAAUCAAGAAUUUGAGAUCUCUUCGGAAGUCUUGAAAAAUCAGCGUCACCUAAGUAUUCAUCCAAAUGGGAAGAAUGCAGUGGUGAGAAAUUCUCAAAGCUCAACUUUUCGUUCACUUCUAUACUUCACAAAGAGACUAUUGAGAAAUUCUCCAUGUUCUCAACUUCUCAGGGUGUUGGAUACAGGCAAUAUAGAUUUCUUUGAGUUUCCAAUGGAAAUAUUGACACUUUCUAAUUUAAGGUAUAUUGCUUUGACCUACAGUGGGAGAUCCAUGAUUCCUGCCUCAAUAUCUAAACUUUGCAAUCUUCAGACCUUUAUUGUUUUUCGAAAUCUUUCUGCUGAAAGAUUGCUCUUACCACGGGAACUCUUGAAGAUGCCACAGUUAAGGCAUCUCUUGUUCAAUAAAGGUGUCUUGCUUUGUUCUGAUGGUCUACAAAAUGUGAACCUACAAACACUUUCUGGUGUAAUAGAUUUCAAAUUGACUCAAGAGGCCCUUCGACAAAUUCCUAACCUGAAGACAUUGGAAAUUUCUUACCAUUGUGAACCUCAUACUGAGUUGUCAUUCUAUUGUCUUGAGAAUUUAGUCCAUCUGCAUCAACUUGAAAGUUUUAAGUGCGAACUCAUUUUCGAUGGUUGGACAAAUGUUUCUCUGCCUCAGAACCUUGCUUUCCCACCAAAUCUGAAGAAGUUAACUUUGAGUGUUUGCAAAAUUUCUGGGCAUAAUAUGUUUCUUGUUGGUAAUCUUCCCAAUCUUGAAGUUCUCAAAUUAAAAGAUGUAGACUUCGAAAACGAAGCAUGGAAAAUGGAAGGGAAAUUUUCUCGAUUAAAAUUCCUGCAUGUUGAAGCGUUUCAUUUUGAAAUCUGGGAAGCCGAGGCAGCACAUUUCCCAAGCCUACAGUGCCUACAUCUUAGGGGUUGCAAGAGUUUAAAAUGCUUCCCUUCUGGAAUUGGAGAAAUUCUAACUCUUCAGCAAAUCAUCUUGUAUGGAUGUCCGCCAUCUGUUGUGAAUUCGGCAAAUUCAAUACUAGAGGAACAACAAGACUGGGGGAACUAUGACCUUAAGGUUCAUGUCAAUCCCAAUUAUUUUGGAAACUCCAAUAGUAAG